AUGGGUGAAAGUGCUAAGUCACUGGUAGCGGUUGAGGACCCUAGUGAGAAUGCAGAAGGAAAUAUAAUCAAAUACAAGGACAUUCACAUGUCCCUGAGCAAGGGUAAUGGAGUUACAGGAGAGUUGGAGUCUGAGGAGGAGGAAGGUUUAAGUGACGAUUCUCUGGGACUGCAACAUGAAGGGCCAGACAAGGCUUCUGAGAUCCGGGAGAGACUUAUUCUCUCCUGGGCAGCAAUGAAGUUCCUAACCUGGAAUGUCAGGGGCUGCAAUGCCCCUGACAAGCGUCGUCUGGUCAAAAGAGGUUUUGACCAGGCCAAGCCGGAAGUUAUUUGUAUUCAGGAAACUAAGUUGGGUCGUGAUGCUGCUGCUUGCAUUUUUGGGGUUAGGCAGAAAUGGUCGGGUCACUUUGUGGAUUCAGAUGGGACGUCAGGUGGUUUGGGCAUUAUGUGGAAUCCAUUGGUUGUUCAUGUGGAAGUUGUGUCAAGCUCUAAGUAUUGGCAGAUGGUUAAGGUGAUUUCGAAGACUAUAAAUUUCUCUUGCUUUCUUGUUAAUGUCUAUGGGCCGACUUUGGCUAUAGAGAAGAGUAAAUUAUGGGACGAUGUCUCCAGGCGCCUUGAGGAAGUGAGGCUCCUUUUAGCCAUCAUGGUUGGAGAUUUCAAUGCCACUCUCUUUUCCUUUGAGAAGCGUGGAGGGGUGAGGAGAUUAAGCCGGUCUCAUUUGGAUUUCCAAUCCUUUGUUAACGACAACGCUCUUCUAGAAGUGGUUGCUAAAGGAGGGGAUCUCACUUGGACUAAUAGGCGUAGAGGUUUUUCCAAUAUUGCUGAGAAAUUGGAUAGAUUCUUCCUUGCAGGAGAUUGGAGUGUUGCCCCUGUUGUUUUUGAGGCUGAGAUGGAAAAGAUGUGGUUUAGGGAACCGAGUUUUAAAGAGCUAGUAGUGGGGUGGUGGAAGGAAGCCCCAGUGGUGGAAGGGUUUCUGGCCUAUCAAUUUUUCAAAAAGCUUAGCUAUGUGAAGCAGAAAUUAAAAUCUUGGAAUAGGGAGGUGUUUGGUAAUAUUUUUUAUGAGAAGAGAAGACUUGAAGGUGAUCUGGGGGCCUUGAAUGCUAAAGUCAUGGCAGAUGGAAUGGAUGAAGUGGAUUUCUUGACGGGGAAAGACCUUCUUAGUAGGUACGGAGAAGUUUUGCAAAGAGAGGAGAUCUAUUGGAAACAGAAGUCGUGUGUUAAUUGGCUGAAAGAGGGUGACAGAAAUACGAAAUUCUUUCAUAGUUCAGUGAAAGCGAGGUGA